AUGGUUUGCGAAAGAACAAAUGGAGUGUUGCUAGCAGAUUUCCCAAAGCUACCACUUCCAGAGGAUCGUAUCGAUGAACUCGUACAGUCAUCUGUCGAUUGGGCGCAUGCCCAUGGACUGGUGAUGAGGACGAAAGAACACAAAGAUAGAAGCGAUAUUUGUCAGACCACUCCUUUCGCUCUACUACCGACUCCUUUCCCGCGAAAGUUGUUUGAGCAAGCUGUCAAAGUCCAAAAUUUAAUAGCCUCUUUAUAUCACGAGAUUGCGUACGACUAUGAUUUUCUUAUUGAUUGCCACAAAGAAGUAGUCAAAACUGAUCCAUUCACGAAAGGAUUAAUAGAUAUCCUUCUCAAAGUGCGAGAUGAAGGUCUUGCCCAGAGAAAAACGCUUGCAAUCCAGCGGUCCGACUAUAUGUGCCACAAGGAUCAGUUUUCAUGUGAAUAUACAUUGAAACAGAUCGAAGUGAAUAACAUUGCUUCUAGUAUGGGAGCACAUGCAGAGAGAGCAACGAAGAUGCAUCGACGUACUCUGAUGGAGCUUGGCUACGACAAGGAAACCAUAGAGAAGGCAAUACCGAAAAACGAACCAAUAAAGCUGAUUGCUGAAGCACUCUACAAAGCGUGGGAAUUGUUCGGAUCCCCGGAUGCAGUACUUCUUAUCGUCGUAGAAAACGUUAAUCAAAAUCAGAUUGAUCAGAGACAUGUUGAGUACGCUUUGGAGGAUCUUGGAAUUCCAACAGAUCAAAUAGUACGGAGGAACUUGACCCAAUGUGAACAGUGUUUGAGUUUGUCACCUGAACGUCACUUGUUACUCUCCGGUUCACGUGCGGCUGUCGUAUAUUUCCGUGCGGGAUAUUCACCAGAUCACUACCCCACAGAGAAAGAAUGGGAGGCUCGACUUUUGAUAGAGCGAUCUACUGCAAUCAAAUCACCAUGGAUCGGACUUCAGGUUGCAAACACCAAAAAGACGCAACAGGUUCUCGCCGAAGACGGAGUAGUGGAAAGGUUUGUUGGACACCCUCGCGAAGCUGCAGCAAUACGUUCAACAUUUGCUGGUCUCUGGGCAAUUAAUGGUGAUGAUCCAGUGUCGCAAAAGUUAAUCAAGAAUGCAGUCACUCACCCUUCGCGUUUUGUGUUGAAGCCUCAAUUAGAAGGAGGAGGUGGCAAUUUUUACGGUGAAAAAAUGGCUGAGAAGCUUCGAGAUUUGAAAAAAGAAGAACUUGGAGCAUAUAUUUUAAUGGAGAGGAUCCAACCAUUUGUGGCAGAGAACUACUUAGUGCGAGCGAUGCAACCAACUGAAGUAUCGAAUGUAGUGAGUGAACUAGGAAUUUACGGAUACGCACUUGGCGAUCGAGGUAUGCCAGAAGUCCGUCAAGGGGGGCAUCUUCUGCGCACGAAGAGCGAACAAGUAGAUGAGGGAGGAGUUGCUGUGGGUGCUGCUGUCAUCGACAGCCCCUUUUUAUAUGAGCUGCUGUAA